UGGGAGGACCGGGUCGAGUGGAGGACCUUCGAAUGAUGAGAGAGCUACAACGUCCACCGCCUCUUCUGCAGCAAGUGCCGCAAAGCGUGAUGACUCGUCGUCGAUGCGGGCUUUCUCUGAAAAGUUUGAACAAGGUCAACGUGAAGUCCAAGAAGCUAUUGAAAAGAGUCAACGAGACUGGAAAAAAGCCCAAGAUGGACUGCAUCGUGCUAGUUCCAGGUUUUUUCAAGACUUGAGGUCAAAUCUUAUAGGUGGCGGUGGGUCCAAUAACCAGACUUCUACAAAUGAAGGAAUCACU